AUGGGGCUGGCCUACAGCGCAUGCGCAGAAGGGGCUUGUGGACGGUCAGCUGUGUCGGAAUGUGGGUUGCUGGACAGCCUGACCGCAGCUGAGGGUCUGGGUGACAGUUGUGGAGGUGAGGGCCCUCUCUGCUUCUCUCCUUUCCACGCAAACACCGCGGAGCUCCGGAGGAUGUCCUCAGCCGUGUGCCCGGAGCAGCGGCGCUGCCUGUCCGUGUUGUUCUACCGCGCAGUGCGGGACUUGAAGCCCGUGUGGAUGCUAGAGGACAUGCGGACCAUGCUGGCUCUUUGCCCCGAGGACGAGGACAACCCUCAGAAGACCUACAGUCCGUCAGAGGCGCUGCUCUACGCCAUCGUGCAUGACCACCAGCCGUACGCCCAGUAUUUACUCUCACAUUUCUCCGAAGAGGCGCUGGUGGAUCCCGGGGAGCGCUUCUGCAGCUGCCCCACAUCAGCCCCGCACCUGUCUCUGGCUGUCCGCUAUGACAGACCCUCCAUCCUCAGCCUCAUCCUGCAGGAGGCUCUGCGGCGGCCUGCAGGGGGGGCCCCGGGGCCCAGAGGGGGCUGUGUCCGAGAGGGGAACGGCCGGACCCCCCUGCACCUGGCCUGUGAGCUGGUCCGUCCUGAGGCUGUGCUGCUGCUGCUAGGCAGUGGUGCGUCCCCUGAGGUCCCGGACGCACAGGGCUGGACCCCCCUGGACGUGCUGCUGGAGCCACUCAGAGACUGUGCAGAGGCCAGCAGAGCCCGACGCCACUGUUUGGACACACUGCUCAUGUUUAUGCCCAGGCUGCACUUCCAUCUGCGGGCGGCGCUGCGCAUAGAGCCGCAGCGCUGGACUGGAGCUCUGGGGAAAGACCAUGUGCAGUUUCUGGCAGGACUCAGACCAGCGCCUCUUCUGCUCAGCUCCAUGCAGACUGUGCUCCAGCAGCUCAGCCCCAGCAGCUUCUCUGACAGCCUGCUGCAGCUGCCCAUCCCCUCCUCUCUCAAACCUGCAGGACUGUCCCGGGGCACUCACAGAACUCUGCACCGACAAUAA